AACAGAGAAGAAGAUAAGAAUCAUUACCAAAAACCGAUACCGAAAAAAAACCCUUUUUUCCUUAUCCACUGUUUUUUUUUAUUCUUUGAUGACAACUUUAAUCUUCUCUCCCAGUGUUUGCCCCGAAAAUCAACUUGACUAAUCACCAACGGAUUACAAAAGUUUACCUAUUUUCUUUUAAUUUUUGUUUCUCUCUCACUCUUAUUGUUUACAAAGUGUUUUGUGUCUCAGUUUCCUCGCAUGAGAUAAUAUAUCCAACAAUAUCGGUGAUUAAUUAGUCGAAAUUUUAAACUACGAAAGUUGGACUUUCACCCAUUUCAUUUGCUCACAGUUUUCUCUUGUUUCAACUGUGGGACUUUUUUUUUCGUAUUUUUCUCUCUGUGAUUUUUUUUCUAUUGACAUUUCUAUCUACUCAUUAUGAAGAAAAGUGAUCGUUUCAUUUUACUUCCUCGAGCUGCCAAUGCUACUCGUGGUUAUGCCAUUGUAAAGAUUAUCCUUUGUUUCCUAUUUUUGGCUUAUUUCGUAAGCCUUGUCGCUUGGACUGUCCAUUCAAUGGCUUUCUUUAAAUCUAAAAUCGAUGAGGAUAAUGAUGUUACCCGAGAAAAUCAGAAAUACAAAACACAUAAUCAUUUCUUUCUCUUCACUGGUCUUUACAUUGGUGCUGCUACUCUUAUUGGACUAUGGGGUAUCCUUAAGGAAAACAUUUCCACCAUUUUUGGUUUCCUUUGUCUAUUUGCAAUUGGCUUUGUGUUCGAGGUAACCGGAGCAUUUAAAUCAAACGAUGAGGAUGUCAGGAAGCUUAAAUUUGUUUCUAUCUCUCUGGAACCAAUACUUAUGGUUCUUGCCUUAGGAUUUACUUUAAUGAUCCGAUCAGCGGAAAAAAGAUUAGCCAGUUUACCAAUUUACCGACAAACUAUGGCUGAAUCAAGAAGGAAUUCACUUUCUGGCUCAGAAAUUGGUUCAGACCCGACAAUGGAUAAUAACAAUCAACCAAUGCAACAAUCAACUGGACACGAUAAUCCAAAUCUAGAUUUACACGAGGAAUCAAAUGUCCAACAAUCAAUGAGAAACAAUCAACCAAAUGAAGCAGCAAUGUUAACUGUUAACAAACAAGAAUCAUUCCUUAAACCUCCUUCCUAGAUGAUUAAAUGAGGAAAAAAAAGAGGAAAAAGAAAGAGUUGGAAUUAUGAUAAUUAAUUGUUAAUUUUCUCGCUUACGAGUUAAUCAUCUCUUUUUUAUUUUCUUUUUUUGUAAAAUUUUUGUCAACCUUGUCUUCUUGUUCAUUUUAUCUCAUGGAUUAUCCAGAGAAAGGAAAAGCAAACUCUAAGCUGCUACUGAUUCUAUUCACAAUUCCAAUCGGUGAUUGCAAUUCGAUUUUCUUAAUCAUGUUAUAUUAUUUUCAAUUCUUUUUCCUCAUCUCCCUCCUUUACUUUUCCUUUGCUUAAACUUUAUCUCUCUCUCUCUCUCUCUCUCCCUUUAAUUUCAUUAUCAACUCCUUCGUUUACGUUUCUUUUUUUACCUUUUUCUUUUACUUUUUUAAUUCAACCUGAAAAAAGUAACACUAAUUGUAAACACACACACAAAUUUAAAUUGUAUUUCUGAUCAUGUCAAGGUUGAUUAGUCUUUCACUUGAUUAUUAUAAUGGAAAGUGUUGAAAGACAACAAUCAAUCAGUCUCACUAUUUAAACACACCAACAAAAAAACUCUGUAAUCAUGUUACCUCUGAUAUAUCUCUCUAAUUGUGUACUAAUUGUUACCCUUUUCCCUCAAUCUACUGUUAAUUGUGAACGUAAAUUCAGAUGACAAAUGGUAGAAACCAUGAUUAGAUUAACAUCGUACACAAAAUCGAGCCAAUUUAAUGGUAAUAAUAAUCAAUUUUCUGUUACCAAUACACAUCAAUACAAAUCAAAUUUGUAUAAAUCAAUUGACUGAAUAUUUUGCUCAAUUAAAUUAACAAACAAACAAACAACUCAAAUCCUAAAUCAGAAUGAAUAACAAUUAACUUUAAAUUUGGAAAAAAAUUUUUUUUUUCUUCUAAAUCUAAAGUAAUGGUAACAAUUUAUUUCCAAUUGUACUUGUUACCCUAAUUUAAUUUUCUUUUCAAUUAGAAAUGAAAACUGUUGUUAAUUGUAAACUUGCCUUUCAAUUACACUUAUCAUCACAAUUUAAUCCAUCACAAUUAACGAUCCAACCGGUUAAUCAUGAUCAGGUAACUUUGAAGGUCCAAUGUGUUUAAAAGUAAACAUGAUAAUCAUUGAUAACCUUGAUUAACUAAUAGAAUCUGUACAAGUUUCUGUCUCUCCAACAAUUUACGCAAUUUCUUAAUUGUCGUAAUUAAUAUAUAUUAAUUACUGUAAUAGUAAAAUACAAACACACAGUUAAUUGUAACUUCUAAUUGUUACCCAAUAAGUUUUACGUUCACUUUUCUUGUAAUCCGAUUGUUUAACUUUUAUGGAUAAAAUCAAUUGAAAACAGUAACAAUCAACUAAUUGUUUUCCAAAUUAAACUUGAAAGUAUUAAGUUAAUCAGUAUUUAGAAUAAUUGUAAAGACAAUUAAACAAACUGUUUCCAUUAGAAAACAAAGUUAAUUGUUGAUUAACUUUUCGAUAUCGAUACAAAGACUUGGAUCUAAAAUCCAGCUGAUAGGAAAAAGAUAUUUUUCUCAAUCUCAAAAAAAAGGUAAACAAUUGUUGUUAUUUUUAGUUAGUUGUAAUUACUAUUUGAUUUAAUUGAUUUUAAUCUUGGCAAUUAGAAGGAUGUAAAAGCUUCCGGAUGGAAACCUGAUUGACCUGACCUUUGAUUAGGGUUACUGAUUGUGUUACCAUUUUGUUUGUUGUUUGAUUGUUAAUAAGAGUUGGUUAAAUUUACUCUCUUAUUUUGAUUGUUAAUCUCUUAACCAUUUGAUCACCUUGGCACGUUUACAAUCAUAAUCAAGUGAAUUAGUACAAUUUAUGCUAUCGGGUGUUCGUCAUCAUCAUAAUCAUCAUCAUCAUCUUUAGCUAAUAAUAUAAGGAUUUCUUUAAUUUCAUGGGAAGAAGUUUCUUCAAAUGGUUUUCAAUACUCUCUCUCUCUCUCUCAGGGUAACUAACAUUAAGUAAAGGUCAGUUUGCUGAUUUCUUAAUUAAACUGGUUCUCAAUCUUGCUUUUCUACCUUCAUCAUCAUCACCAUCAUCAUUUCCACCACACAUUCAGCCAGUUUCAGUUCUGGAGGAGAAAGAAAGAGACAAGAGAAAGAGAGAAAUGAGAAUCAGAAUGAGAAUCUGGUUUAAGUGACAACACAGAAAAGAACAACAUUUCAAUGGUGAAUCUUUUUCUCUUCUUCUUCUUCCAUCAUCUUAUUUAAUCUUGUUCAUCUUCUCAAUCAUGGUCAUCAACUCCUAUGGUUCUCAAAAAGGUUAAUCAGUGUUUAAUUACCAAGUUAAUUUGAUUGAUCAAAAAAAAAAAAAAUAA